AUGCGGACAAUUGGCCUGAUCUUCUUGUGCGGUCUGACUUGUGCGACCUUGGAAAAAUCACCCCACAUUGUUUUCAUCAUUGCGGAUGACUUGGUAAUCAUGGCAGCCGAGCCGUGGGGAUUGUCUUUGACGGAGAAAAUUCUCCCGGAAUACCUUAAAGACCUUGGGUAUAAAAAUCAUAUUGUUGGUAAAUGGCACUUGGGUCAUUACAUGAGAAAUUAUACGCCGACGUAUCGUGGCUUCGAAAGUCAUCUCGGUUAUUGGACUGGUCAUCAAGAUUACUUUGAUCACACGGCCGUUGAAUGGCCUGACUGGGGCCUGGACAUGCGAAGAAAUUUGGAGCCAGCUUGGGAUCUGCACGGCAAGUACUCAACAGACCUUUUCACCGAGGAGGCUGUCAGAAUAAUUAACAAUCACAAUCAAAGUGAUCCGUUAUUUUUGUACCUUGCACACGCGGCAGUUCACUCCGCAAAUCCGUACAAUCCUCUCCCGGCACCUGAUCAGGAAGUCGCUAAAUUUCUGCACAUCAAAGAUUACAAACGCAGAAGAUUCGCGGCGAUGCUAAGUAAAUUGGAUGACUCUGUCGGUGCAGUUGUUUCCGCUUUGAAGAAACAGUCUAUGUUGCAAGAUACCGUUAUUGUCUUUACAACUGACAAUGGGGGUCCUGCUGCGGGAUUCAAUGAUAAUUUUGCCUCUAAUUUUCCGCUUCGUGGCGUUAAAAAUACUUAUUGGGAAGUGUCCCGAGAGCUGAUGGACAUCACAGACUGGCUACCAACAUUAUUAACAGUAGCAGGUGGUAAUAAUUCAAUUCUUCCCACAGCUAUUGAUGGUAUUGACAUGUGGGAGUCAUUGAAUAAUAAAGGACCGUCACCGCGGCGAGUCGUUGUUCACAAUAUCGACGACAUAUACGGCGCAGCAGCGAUAACUGUUGACGACUGGAAGCUAGUGAAAGGUACGACUUACCGCGGAACUUGGGACGACUGGUAUGGAUCCUCCAGCUGGGACAUACUUUACAAUACCACCGAGGUUAUAGAGAGCUCCGCAGGCUCUGCUGUUACCGAUCUGGGACUUCCACUUACUCUUAAUCUAAUUAUCAACUUACGAGAAGAGUCCCGGGUCCAGUGCGGUAAGAAGAAUACCACGCUGGCUAAAUGUCGACCUCUUGUCAAGCCUUGUCUCUUUAAUAUCCGAAGCGAUCCUUGCGAGUUCAAUAACCUCGCAGAAGCAGAUAAUGAAAUGCUUGUUAAUUUAAUGGAUGUAUUGAACAAAGUUAAUAAAACUGCAGUGCCACCGAGAAAAGUUGAUUCUGAUCCGAGGUCAAAACCUUCGCUUUGGGAUCACACUUGGACCAAUUUUGGUGACUAUACUUCGUGA